AUGGAAGUUUACAAAUAUUGGAAGCUCUUGUUUGUGGUGUCGCCAGAGGAAGAUGAGGUUCCGGCUUGGGAUGAAGCGGCUUCCCGAGCAGCCACGGAAAGCGCAGCGAUUUCCUCGGAUGGGUCGAUAAUUGGAGAGCAUCCACGUUCGACCAUGACUGGUCCAGAAGGAGCCGGUGGUGGUGCAGGACCAGCGACAUCUACAAUAAACAUAUAA